ACAGAAGCGUUAGUGGCGACUGGAUUACCUACAUAACUCUGAUAUUCAGAAAAUGGAUUGACCCAUAAUGAUAAUAGCAAAAUAGAUCGAAAAAUGAAAUCGCCAUUCGGGAUUGACUCAUUGACAAUAUAGGAGCAAAGUGCGCAUAAACGCAGGGAUAAGAAAACAAGUGUCAAAGAAUUUAGCAGUAAAUGCGAAUAAUUUCCAAUUUAACAAGAGUGAAAGUAAAUUUAGUGUCAGUAAUGGAGCCAAAUUGUAUUUUCUGCAAUAUUAUAAAAGGAGAAGCUCCUAGUGAAAAAGUAUACGAGGAUGACGCUUUGAUUUGUAUCAAAGAUAUUAAGCCUGCAUCGACUCAUCAUUACUUAAUUCUACCAAAAAGGCAUAUUCCGAAUCCUAAGGAGCUGAAAAAAGAAGACGAGGAACUUUACGACAAAAUGGUAGAAACUGUGGAUGUUUUGGUCAACCAACAAGGGUUUGAAAAAUCAUCUACAAGAACAGGAUUCCAUUGGCCACCAUUUAAUACAGUCAAUCAUUUACACCUGCACGUCAUUUCACCAAUCGAAAGCAUGGGCAUCAUUGGAAGAAUGAUGUUCAAACCAGACUCUUUUUGGUUUGUAAAUACUGACUAUGUGAAAUCACGCUUCCAAUCCAGCAAUUAACGUAGAAAAUUUUCACCAUUCUAUAAAUUCUCUCAACGUUAUUUGGCGAAAGAAAGCUAAAUGUUGAUCUCGAGGUUGGUACAAGUAUCUCAAGAUCUAGUGAGUUGUUUCGUAUUUAAUCCAUGCGUUAAAAAAAUAUACAGUAUAUAAAGUAUAUCUUACAUUGCCAAUGUAAUGUCCAUAAUUUGUUACAGUUUAUCACUGUUGUAUAUUCUUUGAUAUUUUUAAAAUACAGCCCUUGGAGGCGUUUUCAAACAUCUGGAGCCGCAAAAA